AUGACUACCUUGGAAGCCGUUCUAGCAGGCAAAUAUCCGGCCAAAUCCCAUGCGCGCCGGGUUGCUGAACACCUGGUGGCACAUGGGCAUGAUGGUCCCGGUAUUAUUUAUCUGGAGGCGCAGAAAACCCGUCUAAUUGAAGACAAUGAUGAGGCUAUGCCGUUCAGGCAACGCCGUCCCUUUUUCUACUUAUCGGGAUGCUUGCUUCCUGAUUCUUAUUUAAUAUACGACACGAGUGCCGACAAAUUGACACUUUUCAUCCCCCCGGUUGAUCCCGAGGAAGUCAUCUGGUCCGGCCUACCUUUUUCCCCGGCCGAGGCCCUGGAGCGUUAUGACGUCGAUAGUGUGCUUGCGACGACCGAUGUCAACAAGGCCCUCGCCUCUACCGCCUCGGCCCACCAGGGAAAUGCUGUAGCUUUUGCAAUUGCAGACCAAGUUUCGAGUGACACCAAAUUCGAUGGUUUUAUUGAAACCAACUACUCUUUAUUGAAGGGCGCAAUUGAAAGGACGCGUGUCGUUAAGGACAAUUACGAAAUUGCCCUCCUGAGAAAGGCAAACGAAAUCUCUGCAAAGGCGCACAUUGCGGCCAUACAAGCCUCUAGGUCCGCAACGAAUGAACGUGAAAUCGAGGGUGCCUUCAUUGCCACGUGUAUUGCGAACGGCGCGCGAGAGCAAUCCUAUCAUCCAAUCGUUGCUUGCGGCGAGAACGGGGCCACCCUUCAUUAUGGUAGAAACGACGAUCCUCUGAGUGACCCGGCGUCUCAACAAAGAAAGGGAAGUGUCCUCAUCGAUGCAGGAGGGGAGUAUCGUACGUAUUGCUCCGAUGUGACUCGUGUCUUCCCUCUAGGCGGCAAAUUCGCUACGGAGACUCGACAGAUCUAUGAGAUAGUCCUACGUAUGCAGAUUGAAGGCAUUGCGAUGCUCAAAGAUGGUGUCCAGUGGGAGGACGUACAUGCUCACGCGCAUCGAGUUGCAAUCGAUGGGUUGCUAGAUCUGGGCAUCCUACGCGGCUCGAAGGAUGAACUAUUCGACAAAAGAAUUAGCGUGGCGUUUUUCCCUCACGGUCUGGGGCAUUAUUUGGGAAUGGACACUCAUGACACCGGAGGUAACCCGAAUUAUGCGGACAAGGAUUCCAUGUUUAGGUAUCUUCGAGUGAGAGGUCGUCUGCCGGCGGGAUGCGUGAUUACCGUUGAACCAGGAAUUUACUUCUGUCGCUUUAUCAUUGAGCCUUUCUUGAAAUCCCAAGAAUCGAGUCAAUAUAUUGAUGCCAAUGUCUUAGAGCGCUAUUGGAGCGUGGGCGGAGUUCGCAUCGAAGACAACAUUCAUAUUACGCAGGAGGGAUAUGAGAACCUGACCACAGCCCCCAAAGCCAUCGAGGAGGUAGAAGGACUGGCACAGUGA